AUGCUAAACGAUAUUAUAUUUCAAGUUAUUAUUGCUUCUUUUGGAGUCACAAUAGUCAACAGCGAUAAAAUAAAAUUUCUCCAAAAGUUCAGAUAUGCCAUAUACGUUUUAAUUUUGUCCUUCCUGCUAUACAAGGGAGUACCCUGGAAGAGGGAGAAUUACUACACUUACUUGAACAUCACACCCAAUGCAACGAAGCAGGAGAUACAGACCGCCUACAGGCAGGCGGCGAAAAUAUAUCACCCCGACAAAAAUCCGGACGAAUCGGCCGACUCCGCAUUUAUAAAGUUAAAACAGGCAUACGAUGUCUUGACUGACGACACGAGGAGAAGCAACUACAACCGCUUUGGGGACUACAAGAAUGGUGAAGUUGACGACAAUACGGCCACACUGCUGAUAUGCCUUUCAUUGGUCCAGCACACCAUGUUUUUCAUCAUAGGAUAUUUCUUAUCAUACCCACGGAAACUGGUGUUCGCAAGACAAAUAUUUCUGGUGUACAACAUAGCUAGCUUCUGCUUCGAGCUGCAGUUCCGAUUUAUCGAAGACGACACAACAUUCGACUGGUUACCCUCGAUAGGAUAUCUACUGCCAUAUGAGAAAAUCAAAUUACUUAGGAUGUUAUUCCCCAUCGUUUUUUUUAUCAGCAUAUGUGCCGCAGCGUACACGUACACAGACAGGAAUGCGACGUUGAUUUAUUUAAUGCGAUCCAUUUUGGCCACCAACAGAAUCGUUUUCGAAAGAUCAAAUGAUGUCGUCGACUCGACUAACUAUUUAAAGAAAAAUGGAGAACAGCUGGUUUCCAAGUUACAAGAAAUGAGGAAAGCUGUUGAAGAUGCCAAAUAUGCGCAGGCGAAAUUAAAAGACAAGGAACAGAAGGACAAAAGUGAGUGCUUGGAAGAUAGUAAAAAAGACCCCAAGGACGAAAAUAAUGCAGACGAUAAGCUCCGUGAAAAUGUGCAGGAGUUUGCCUUAACUCUCGAUUCGCAUCAAAUGGGGCUACUUGAAAAGUGUUUUGAAAUGAUGAAGAAUAAGAACACCAAGGACAAGAAGAACCAGAAGAAGUCUUGGUUCGAGUUCAUUUCCAUGCAGAUGAUCUUCGGCAUUAUAUUCGUGUACAUCUGGUUUACCUCCAAAUGA